AUGUGGAUGAAGCUGCUGCUGCUCGUGGCAACGCUGUCUGUCGCGGCAGCCGAGGAUGACUACAAGAUGCGGGACGAGGUGGAGGUCGUUGCCAACACGAUCCGGCCAUACGCAAACCCCACUGAGACGUACCAGUAUUACAAGUUACCGUACUGCAAACCAAAGGAGCGCCAAUGGGACGAUCAUGACCUGGGUGAGUUGCUCACGGGCAGUCGCAAGGUUGUGACAGAUUACCGUCUCUACUUUGGUGUGGACCAGACAUACGCGCAGCUCUGCAAGUUGCCGAUGGCCCCGGAUGUCAUGAAGGUGUUCAAGGAUGCGGUGGAUGAGGACUACGAAUUCGAGAUGUAUGUGGAUGACAUCCGGCUUCGAGGCCAGGUGGGAUACCUCAUCCAGGAGGGCAUCCGCGAAGGUAUGAAGAUGCACUACUACCUGAACACACAUCUGCACUUCGACAUCGCCUACAACGAUGUGGAAGCAGAGGAAGGCAAGAACAAAAUUGUGGCUGUGAACAUGACGAUGGCAUCGUCCGAUCCGGACCUUGAAUACCACUACGCACUGUCGCCUGAGAAUAUUGCCAAGACACCCGAAGCAAUCUUCACGUACUCUGUGAAGUGGCACAAUCGACUGGAUCUGCUCUACGAGAACCGCAACGUUGACAAAGAACUGAUUGAGCCAGACGACUUGGAGCUGCAUUGGAUUUCAGUCAUCAACUCUUUCAUCUUAGUGAUGAUGCUCACGGGAUUCUUGUCCAUUGUGAUGAUUCGCAUUCUUAAGCGUGACUUCUCGCGAUACACGGACUUGGAGACUGGUGACGAUCAUGCACUGGAGGAUGAUUCUGGCUGGAAGCUCUUGCAUGCUGACGUAUUCAGGUUCCCAACGCAUUUGAACAUUUUCUGCGCUCUCAACGGUGCCGGUGCGCAGUUGUUCGUGAUGCUGUCGGUGGCUCUCGUAUCUUCGUUGCUUGGCAUCGUCAAGCCCAACAAGCGCGGUGGUAUGAUGACUGCCUUCAUCGUCCUCUACGCGCUCACUGCAGGCGUCGGAGGUUUCCAUUCUGCUCGAAUGUACCGUCAGCUUGGUGGUCAGCGAUGGGUGUGGAACAUCUUGCUGUGUGUGCUUAUUAUCCCGGGACCGCUGGUUGCGAUCUUCUCGUUUUUGAACUCGGUAGCGAUCUGGAACGACUCGUCAGCGGCUUUGCCUUUUGGCACCAUCAUGAUCGUGCUAGUGUUGUUCAUUACAGUGGCUCUGCCUCUGACCAUUAUCGGUGGUAUCGCUGGGCGGAACUCUACUGGCGAAUUCAAGUCCCCGUGUCGUACGAACAAGAUUCCGCGUGAGGUUCCGUCCGUGCCUGGCUAUCGCAGUCCGUUCAUCCUGAUCAUCGCAGCCGGAUGUCUCCCGUUCAGCGCUGUCUACAUUGAGCUGCACCACAUUUUCGCCGCGAUCUGGGGCCACUCGAUCUACACGCUGUUCGGUAUCCUGUUCUUGUCUUUCGUCAUGCUGGUGUUCGUGACAGCGUUCACGACCAUCUCGUUGACGUACAUCCAGCUCUCGUCCGAGGACCACCGCUGGUGGUGGCGAUCGUACAUCUCGGGCGGUACGACGGGGUUGUUCGUGCUUGCGUACAGCGUGUGGUACUACACGAGCAUUGCCGACAUGACCGGUUUCUUCCAGGCAGCGUUUUACUUUGGUUACACGAGCAUGAUGGCCUACUGCUUCUUUGUCAUGUUGGGCUUCAUCGGAUUUCAGAGCUCACUCUUUUUCGUCAACAAGAUCUACCGAACCAUUAAGGUGGAGUAG